AAGCUGAUAUCUAAAAAUUUUUUAUCAAUCACGAAACAGAAGAAAAAUAAAACAUUUUAUUUUUAAUGAAAUAUCAACCAAAAUUAUGAUUAAUGAUCUAAGUGUUCAGGUUUAUUGUUUCGAAGUCUGUUAAUACAAGCUAUCAGUUAUUUAAAACCGCAUAACAUAUUCUAGGUAUUCGACCAGGUAUGUCAAGAAAUGAAGAUUCGUCCAAUAAACCAUCUAAAAUGGGACCUCAUGGAUUAGGUGAUCCUGAUGAUAAAUCAUUAUCUAAGAAUGAAAGAAAUUUACUAAUACCUCAAAUAAGAAGAAGAAUUGUCAAGGAAGAAAAAUGUCCCAAUGAAAUCAAAGAGUACGAAGAAUGUGUUUGUAGUAUUGGUCUCAUGAUGGCCGGAAUAAAAUGCAAAGAUUUGAAAGUCAAGAUGUCAGAUUGUCUAGAAUUUUGGAACGAUUGCGACGAAUUGCAAAAGAGAGCCAGGAGAGAAUAUCUCGAAGAAAGAGCAGAAUACAGACGUUCCGGUAUUUGCUCUGAUAAUCGUAAAUUUAUGGAUGAAUAUUUAGCAGCGAAAAAGAAUGGAGAAAAUUUAACAACUUAGCGAGUUAUUUUACCACUUGUGACUUAAAAAAAAAUCGAAAGAUGCUUCUUUUUAAAGUAACAAGAAGAUACGUUGAAGGGUGAUCGAGUUAUUCAGAUUGCAGAGUUCUAUUUCUGUACAAUGUAGAUUCAUUUCGUAAUUAAAUUUGUUGAAUUUCA